AUGCACUUCUUUUCAUUAGGCUUCCUGUGCGCAUCCCUGAUUGCCCUCACAAAUGCCCAAUCAACCUUCUCCCCGGCUCGCCCUCCGGCUCUACCUCUAGCGGUCAAAUCCCCUUAUCUGAGUACCUGGCUAUCUGCCGGGAGAGACGGUGGCAAUGGAGGCUAUCUUGCAGGGGAAUGGCCAACAUUUUGGGAAGGUCAGGUAACAGGAUGGGCUGGUCUAGUCCGUGUUGAUGGUCAAGUCUACACGUGGAUGGGACUUCCAGGCUCAACCACUGUGAAUCAAACUGCGUAUGAGUACACUUCGACGAAAAGCAUCUUCACCAUGCACGUUGGUGAUGCGGUAGAGAUGAAGAUAACCUUUCUCUCACCAAUUACGCCAAACGAUCUUCGACGACAGUCACUUGUGUUUUCGUAUCUUGAUGUGAGUGUCACCUCACUCGACGGAAAGUCCCACAGUGUACAGCUGUACGCCGAUAUCUCAGCUGAGUUUGUGUCUGGCGACCGCUCUGCCAUAGCACAAUGGGACUACGGUGUAACUAGUGGCGGCGUUGCCUAUCACAAAGUCCACCGUCAAACGCCGCUCCUCUUUUCUGAGAAUAGAGAUCAAGCGGAAUGGGGCGACUGGUACUGGGCAACCGACAGUGGCCCUGGGCUCACUUAUCAAGCUGGGCCAGAUGUCGAUGUUCGAGGAGCUUUCUCGAGUAGCGGGAGACUCAGCAAUAGCAACGACGCCAACUAUAGGGCGAUCUCGAACAACUGGCCAGUAUUCGGGUUUGCUCAUGACCUUGGAUCUAUCAGCUCAUCCACUAGUGCUCUUUUUUCAAUAGGCCUGACCCAGUCCCAAGCUAUUCAGUAUGCUGGGAGUUCUUCUACUCUAUCGCCAGUGCCGUCCCUAUGGACAAGUUACUUCAACACUGCGCUCGAUGCCCUCAAUUUCUUUCAUCAUGACUAUCAGGAAGCAAACUCCCUCUCCUCAGAUCUUGAUCAGCGCAUCGCUCAAGAUUCCAUUGCCGCUGCUGGCCAGGACUACCUUACCAUCACAUCCCUCAGCAUUCGCCAAGCGUUUGCUGCAACUCAGCUUUGUGGGCCAGCGGACAACCCCUAUCUCUUCAUGAAAGAGAUCUCUUCCAAUGGCAACAUGAACACAGUGGACGUGAUCUUCCCUGCUCAUCCCGUUUUCUUAUACACCAAUCCCGAACUGCUCAAGCUUCUCCUGCGACCUCAUUUUGAGAUCCAGGAAUCCGGCCAUUAUCCCAACUCCUACGCCAUGCACGAUAUUGGGGCUCAUUAUCCCAAUGCUACGGGUCAUCUGGACGGGAAUGAUGAGCCAAUGCCACUGGAAGAGUGUGGUAAUAUGAUUAUCAUGGCUCUAGCAUAUGCGCAGAAGGCAAACGACACCGCGUACCUCGAAACUCACUUUACGAUAUUGAGGCAAUGGGCGAACUACUUGAUUGAGGAUUCUCUUUAUCCGGCCAACCAAAUAUCCACAGACGAUUUUGCGGGCUCAUUGGCGAACCAGACGAAUCUUGCCCUCAAGGGCAUUAUUGGCAUUGAGGCCAUGUCGGUCAUCGCCGGUUUAGCGGUCGACUCUGAGGAUGCGAACAACCUUACCAAUUACGCUCACGAUUAUAUCGAAACAUGGCAGACUUUGGGCAUAUCACGUAGUGCAGCCCAGCCGCACACGACAUUGUCAUAUGGGUCGGACAGCUCCCAUGGCCUUUUGUACAAUCUCUACGCUGAUCGUGAGCUGGGUUUGAACCUGGUUCCGCAGUCCGUGUACGACAUGCAAAGCAGUUUCUACCCAACAAUCCAGGGUCAAUUUGGAGUGCCACUGGAUACCCGGCACCAAUACACGAAGGCUGAUUGGGAGCUCUUCACGGCGGCGGUCGCAUCAACGAGCACACGAGACAUGUUCAUCAGACUUCUUGCCAACUGGAUAAACCAAACGCCCACAAACCGCGCACUUACUGACCUCUACGAUACUACGACUGGGGGGUAA